UGAAAAUAUAAAUGGCGACAACAGAAGACUGGCUUUACACUGAUGAUCUUGAGGAAAGCCUUGCCGAGGGUGGCUCUCGAGGUCGAUUGGAAUCGAUAGAUUCUCGCCUUGGUGACGAUCUCCUUGACGAUGUUCUCACCGCCCCCUCCAGGGCACACAAUGCCACGCCCCCAAAUGCUGAUGAGCUUCUUGGAGUCAAGAUAGACAGUGAAGCAAUGGAAGAGUCUGGUUCAGCUAGGUUCAAUGCGGACCAGAUGACGCGAACAGUUCAGGCCCGACUAGAGAGCAACAAAACUUCCCAGGGGAUUCUUGGUAGUGGGGGCAGCUUGAUUUACUCGCGGGAGCCAAACAGAAAGAAUUCCAUCUUCAUUGGAAAUCUCACAUGGUGGACCACGGACUUGGACCUGGUAGUAGCGAUGGCUGAAUCCGGCCUGGGAGAGGUGAAGAACGUCAAGUUCUACGAGAACAGAACUAACGGACAGUCAAAGGGGUAUGCAUUGUUGGAACUCUCUAGUGAGCAAUUGGCAACCACAGCGUGUGAGAAACUACAGGAGGUUGUCAUACAUAAGCAGAAACCGUUUGUAAUGUAUGCACUCAAAGUUAGUCCUCACACAUUUGAAGCAAAGUGCAUUUCAGUAAAAUCAGGGAUCCCGAGUAGCAGCUUACCGGUAACCAGCUCCACCAAUGGGUUUACAGCCAGUGGGUUUACAGCCAGUGCCAAGAUCGUCGCCCCUCGUCCUAGCAGCAACACCUUCUCUGCCCCUUCUGGUCUACCCAUGAUGCCACCAAUGCCUGGACUGCCACCAGGCAUGCCCCCUCCACAUAUUCCCGGGAUGCCCCCUGGGUUCCCUGGCGCUGGUAUGAUGAACCAUAGUCUACCCGGACUAGCUGGUCUGUUGCCUCCCAGAUUCCCCCCUGUUCUACCAGGCAGCACACAUGGAUUUGGUCUUCCCUACAUGCCUGGUAUGGAACAUAUGAAAACGGCCGGUGCUCAUCUCAAUCCCGCAUUCCUCCAUGAUAUGACGCAGGGCGGGUCAGGUGAUGCCUCCAAGAAUACUCCUCAGAAUAUGAUGGAGCUGUUCUCUCGGUUCCGGAACAUGGCUGCUCAGGGUGGGGUUGGCACAGGGGGUGGGAGUGUGCCAAUGUCCAUGGAUGGGGGAGGGGGGUCCAGACUGUCCGAGGAUGAGGCAUCUGAUGCCAACCAGAGGAACAGGGCCAUUUCCAGCAGUGCCAUACACAGGGCACUCAGUUACUCCAAAACAGGUGAAUUUGAGGAUGCUAUAGACACUCUGAACCUUGCCAUUGGGCUCAUCAAGCAGUCUGUGACUGGACACACGGAAACUAGCCACAUCAUCAUCCAGACUCUCUCUGACUGUUUGCGUGGAGUGGAGGAACAAUCUUCUGCCAUGUCAAAGAGAUCUCGUCGAGAUCAUCGUAGUCAUGACGACAGAGGGAGCCGUAGCCAUGGCCACAGGAGCAAGCAUCACAGAGACAGGAGCAGAGAGAGAAGGAGAUGAACUAUUAAUGACAUUACUUUGACUUAAUACUUUGACUUAAUUGAUUACUGAAUAUACCCUAACUGCAAUAUGCCACAUGCAUGCAUGAAGAUUUAAUUUGUAUACACGUACAUGUAAUGACUACCGUUUAUAUUGUAAGUGAAAAUAAAUUUAUAAAAACAACAA